ACGUUACGACGUGACGUCAUAAACCCGGAAGUAAACAAUGUAAAGAAUGUUGAGAGCAAGCUAACAGGCCUGUUAUUCUCUUACAUUUAUUUAUCUUCUGUGAAAAUAAACAAGCCCACGGGACUCCUGCAGCUUUAGACAAAGUCAUGACGCCCGCUCUGAGCAGUUCAGUGGGCGGGGGAAUCUCAAGCAAUAAAGUGAAAUACUCCAGACUGGCGAACAGCGAUGAAGGCUACAUCGAUCUGCAGUUUAAAAGAAGUCCACCUAAAGUUCCAUACAAGGCCAUCGCUCUGGCGACGUUCCUCUUCCUGGUCGGGUCUUUACUAAUCAUCAUCGGCUCUCUGCUGCUCACCGGGUACAUUCAUGUUGAGAACCCGGACCGGACGAUUCCGGUGCUCAUCAUCGGGGUGCUCGUCUUUCUUCCUGGCUUUUAUCACUUGAGGAUCGCCUUCUACGCCUCCAAAGGUUACCGCGGUUAUUCCUACGACGAUAUCCCGGAUUUUGACGACUGAUCCUGACCCGUGCCUUGUCGGAGUUACACAAGCUGCAUGAUAUUUGUGGUAUUUUACUUCCUGUGUCUGAGCAGAGGUCCGGGAUGAGGUCACGUCUCAUCCUGCGCGGUAUAUCAGUUAUGCAAAAAUAUACUCAUCUCUAAAAUAUACUCUGAUAUGCAAAAUAGCCAAAAGAAACGCCUUUGUAUGUUUGUUUUACGUAUGAUGUGACGUGUACAUAGAUAUAAGAAAAUAUUGUUUCAAAUAAACGAUUUUUUUUUUUUUUUUUUUUUUUACGAUAUCGCUAUGGUUUAAAAAGAAUACAUUUAUAGUCUGGCUCGC